AUGCUCGAGAAAGUCUCUGAUUUUGACGACUAUGAUCUUUCAUUUGAAAUUGACGGAAUUUAUAAAAAAAUCGCAAAAUUAGAAUUCAACUUAACAGGCAAAGAUGAAUACAUAUGCUCAUCAUUAACAGAUGAUAUGAGUCAUGAUGUAAAUGGAUUAAUUUCACCAAAAUCUAUGGAAUUUUUAGUUUUACGCCAUGAUGACCAGCUUUGGUUCAAAUAUAACUUGCGCCAAAAACCAUCAACAUUUUCAAAUCCAAUAGUUAAGGUUGUCAUUGGAGUAAUCAUUUACAUGAUAAUUGGAAUUGCUUCAGACAAUCUGGUUCUAUGGCUCUGGCUAUGGUGGCAACGCUCUCCUCGGCAAGAAGUGCUUCGCCCUCCGUAUCGGCUCCAACCUCGCCCGCAAGGAAGGCUGGCUCGCUGA